AUGGCCCAGCAGCAUAACAAUUCAAGGAAUGCUAUGUCUAUUAAUUACCACUUUUCUCCGAUAUCCAUGGAGAGACGUUAUCGCGCUUUGGAACCAUCGGGCUCUAAUGGGUGCUACCAGUACACUUUGCUGAUAACCAACACCGCGAUGUCAGAUGCUAGAGUCUACGUGCUGCAUGUGGAGAAUGAAAGAGGAUUCUCGUCUCAUGCUGUCUCACUCACUGUACAUGAGAGCGUUGAAUAUAAGACUGAUGACUUAGAUAGUGAGAAGACAGUACUGCCGGCGGACGCAGUAUACACGUCUAGAGAGCAACAGACAGCGCGGCCGCCACAGCCCAACCCGGCGGCGGCGGCGCGCAGUGCCGGCGUGACGUCACAGUACUCGCCCGGCGCGCUGCAGGCAGCACUAAAUUCACUGGAACGAGAAGCCAAAGAAAAUGUUUACGCGGUCUUAGAUCCGCAUAUUCAAUACGAAGUAACAAUUAAUAAGCACGGAGAGCCGCCUAAGUAUUUAUCGCUAUCGAGGCCCCUGAAUCACCAAAGAACACAUCACUUUAAUCCCCAAGUCAUAACUAAUAACGAAAUUAACAAUAAUGAUUAUUUCAAUGAAAACCGGUUCUCAACAUUUAAAACGGGUCCACCCAAAGCAAGGAGAUCCAACAAAUCCAACGAUAGAAAAAUCAGGACUUAUGAAAGUUACGUUUGUAAAACGAACAAUGAUGUGGAAUAUUCAAAAAACCCGUUCUUUGGAAUAGCAAGAGACGCUGAAAAUAAUAUAGAGCCUUCAUACCGUUAAUUUUGAUCACAACGAAAAUAUAAGUCCAAAGAAUUACUCUAGGAUGUAUGAAAGAAACAAUUCUAACAGAAAACAUUGCAAGGAGGAUCCUUUGAAGGCAGACGUCAGAUAUUCUAAGCGUAGCACAAGGGGACAAGAAGAUUUAAAAUAUAGGAAUCAACCAAAAUUCAAUGAAACUGAUCGAUCCUUUGAUGAACUAAAACAAGUGGGUGAUGCAAAAUAUGGUAACCCAGAGAACGAUGACAAACCGAGACCAGGAAAAGUUAAGGAGAUAGCAUCCAAGUUCGAUAGAAACUAUUCUAAUGACAGCAAAGAUGCAGAACUGAAGAGAACACGGCCCAAACCGCUGCCCAGUUAUGGCAAUCAAGCUUAUUUAGACCACGUAUUCCCAGACGCCAUAGAAAUCUGAAAUUUUAUUGGACAAUACUAAAGUGUAUCGGUCACGUAGAUCUCUGCUUAGUUCGUUGAUAGUAUUAAUAAUUGUUAAUAUAGUUAAAUGUUAAUAGUUAAGUCUAAUUAAUUUUAAGUUUAAACCUAUUUAUUAAAAUAUUACUGCCAUAAUACAUAAUUAUAAGAACACUCGAAUAAAUAGGUAAAAAAUUUCCUGAAGUCCUUUAUUGAUGAUUAUAUACCCUUCUGUACUUAAUGUACUUAGUUUGGGAGACGUUAAAUACGAUCCAUUCUUAAUGUCAAUUCUAGAAAUUAAGUUUAUUUUAAAUUAAAAGAUUUUUGUAAUAAAGGACUUCGCAAUUAAUUCCGUUCCUUUUGGGAACUAUGUACAAAAAUUAUUGUUUCUAUUAAGUGACUUAUGGCUAAGUGUCACAAAGCUAAUUGGAUUAAGUUGAAACCAUAGAACCAAACAAUAAUAAGAGCUACCUUGUCAUAUAACAUAGCUUUUAGCGUAUACACCAAUUAAAUACCAUGACAUAAUGAUAUUAUAGCACUCACUUAUGAUCUUUUGUAAUAUAAUUUUGACGAAUAAUAAAUUGAUUAUUUUUGUAUGUAAUUUU